AUGGUUCGAGCCAAUGUUCUGUACUCAUCAUUCAUCAUUUUCACUGGUUUAUCGAUUGCUUUGUUCAUGGUAUCAGAGUUGAUCAAGGAUGAUUGUCCAAACUCUGAAUUGUUCCAUAAGCUGAUGCGUGCUUGUGGAAUUAUUGAUGUUGUAUUCUUGGGAGUAUUCUUGAUUUAUAUUAUCUCUGUUGGAUGCUCAUCUGCAUCAACAAAGAAGAUGAAGCCAGGUGCCAACCAACAUGUAGAUGAUUUGGAGAUGGCCACCAAGAAGGAGGAGGAUGAGAACAACAACAACAACGUUGGUGGCGCUGGUGCUACUGACAUGCCAAUCGAGGUACCAAAGUCUGAGCAUCCAUCAGCAUAG